GCGACGCAGCCCGGUCUAGUUCAGGGUCUAGGGCGGCGCGUCACUUCCGGUAGCGCGGAGCUUGUAAAACACCCUGGAGAGAAAAUGGCGGCGGCGACGGCGGCGGCAGCGGCGGCGGCUUCGGCGCCUCAGCAGCUCACGGAUGAGGAGCUUUUCUCUCAGCUCCGCCGUUACGGUUUGUCUCCGGGUCCCGUGACGGAGAGCACCCGGCCGGUCUACCUCAAGAAGCUGAAGAAGCUUCGCGAGGAAGAGCAGCAGCAGCAGCAGCAGCAGCACCGGGCGGGGGGCCGCGGCACCAAGACGCGGAACAGUAAUAACAAUAACACGGCGGCCGCGGCGGGCGCAGCCGCGGCCCCGGCGACGCUGGCUACGGCGGGGCUGGGGGGCCGGCCGGGCUCGGGGGACCUCGCGUACUUACGGAGCCCCGCGGGCCUCGGCCGCCUGUCGGCCUCGGCUCCGGAGAGCCCCGUGGGAGGCUCCGGGGGCGCGGCGGCCGUCCCCGCGGCGGGCAGCAAAGUGCUGCUGGGCUUCAGUUCCGACGAGUCGGACGUGGAGGCCAGCCCGCGGGAGCAGGCGGGCGGCGGCGGCGGCGCGCGGAGGGACCGGGCUGCGCUCCAGUACCGCGGGCUCAAAGCGCCGCCGGCGCCCCUGGCCGCCGGCGAGGUGACGAGCGGCAACUCGGCCGAGCGGAGGAAGCCCCACUCGUGGUGGGGGGCGCGGAGGCCGGUGGGCCCCGAGCCGCAGCCCCCGUCGGGGAGCGACGGAGCCGCGGAGGACGUGGACGAGGAGGUAGCGGACGGCGAGGACCGGGACCCCGAGGCCGACGAGCCGCUGUGGGCCAGCCGAGCCGUGAACGGCAGCCGGCUUCUCCCCUACAGCUGCCGGGAGCACUACUCGGACUCGGAGGAGGAGGACGACGGCGACGUGGCCUCGGCCAGACAGGUAUUAAAGGACGACUCCCAUUCCCGGCAUCGACCCAGACGGAGCCAUAGUAAGCCGUUCUCUGCGCUCGCUGCUAAAUCUGGCGGCAGCCGGCAGGAGACUUCGGUUCAGGGAGGGGGAGGACUCGCGAUGAAUGACAGGGCGGCGGCCGCCGGGAGUCUAGACAGGAGCCGAAACCCGGAGGAGGCGGCGGCCGAGCCGGGAGGAGGUGGAGGAGGAGGAGGAGGGUGCGAUCAAGUGGACUCCAUUCCUCGAUACCGUGCCGGCGCGAAGAAGCUGGCCCCGCUCCUGUCGCCGCCGAGCCCCGACGUGGACUCAACCUUGGAGUCGCCCACCGGGCCCCUCAAAACCAAUAAUCACAUAGGCGGCGUGGCCUUCGGCGUGGAUUCCCCCAGCCUGUAUGCCAACAGCCUCCCUCCCGGGGCGGCCGCGGCCGCCCCUGGUUCACUCAGGAUCAACCAUGCCAACCACACCGGCUCCAAUCAUACCUACCUGAAAAACGCCUACGGCAAGCCGAAGCUUUGCGAGCCUGAAGAGGAACUUCUGCAGCAGUUUAAACGUGAGGAGGUGUCUCCGCCGGGGAGUUUCAGUGCUCACUACUUGUCGAUGUUCCUCCUAACUGCUGCCUGCUUGUUUUUCCUAAUCUUGGGACUGACUUACCUAGGAAUGAGAGGGACGGGAGUCCCCGAGGACGGAGGACUCAUAAAAAACCCCUUUGAUGAAACAUUUGGAAAAAUACAAGAAAGUGAAAAAAAUCUUAUGAUGAGCACAUUGUACAAACUUCAUGAUCGAUUGGCCCAGAUUGCAGGAGAUCAUGAAUGUGGCAGUUCUAGUCAAAGGAUGCUUUCUGUCCAAGAAGCAGCUGCAUAUUUAAAAAAUUUAGGUCCUGAGUAUGAAGAUGUAUUUAAUACUUCAUUGCUGUGGAUUUUUAAAAAUGGGAAAGAUGUUGGAAUAAGGUGUGUUGGUUAUGGGCCUGAGGAAGACCUGACAAACGUAACCGAUGUGCAGUUUUUGCAGUCCACCAGACCCCAGAUGCCGUUCUGGUGCCGUUUCCGGCGUGCUUUCAUUACUGUGACCCAUAGGUUAUUGUUGUUGUGUUUAGGUGUAGUGAUGGUGUGUGUUGUUCUCCAUUAUAUGAAAUACCGCUGGACUAAGGAGGAGGAGGAAACAAGGCAGAUGUAUGAUAUGGUGGUAAAGAUUAUAGAUGUCUUACGAAGUCAUAAUGAAGCCUGCCAGGAAACUAAAGAUUUACAACCUUACAUGCCUAUUCCACAUGUUCGAGAUUCCUUAAUACAGCCGCAUGACAGGAAAAAGAUGAAGAAAGUCUGGGAUAGAGCUGUUGACUUCCUUGCUGCCAAUGAGUCUAGAGUACGUACGGAGACUCGAAGGGUGGGCGGUGCAGACUUUCUAGUCUGGCGGUGGAUCCAGCCUUCCGCGUCUUGUGACAAGACAUUAGUUAUACCCUCUAAAGUAUGGCAAGGUCAAGCGUUUCAUUUAGAUAGAAGAAAUUCACCACCAAAUAGUUUGACUCCAUGUUUAAAGAUUCGAAAUAUGUUUGACCCAGUUAUGGAAAUAGGAGAUCACUGGCACUUGGCAAUUCAAGAAGCAAUUUUAGAGAAGUGCAGCGAUAAUGACGGCAUUGUUCAUAUUGCAGUAGACAGAAACUCACGUGAGGGUUGUGUGUAUGUUAAAUGUUUGUCUCCGGAAUAUGCUGGGAAGGCUUUUAAAGCAUUGCAUGGCUCUUGGUUUGAUGGAAAGUUGGUUACAGUAAAAUACUUACGACUAGAUAGAUACCACCACCGCUUUCCCCAGGCUCUUACUUGCAACACUCCCUUGAAGCCGACAAACAAACAUAUGAACUCUAUGUCUCACCUGCGCCUGCGGACUGGUCUAGCUAAUUCUCAAGGAAGUUCCUGAAAAGAUGUCUUCACUCCUAGGACUGUUAAUUUAAAUAGGAAAAUUUCCAUUUGGCUUCCUGUCUUCCUUUUAAAUUGCUUUUUGUAUGUAAUAUUUUUAUUGCCGAAGACAGCUGUUUGAAAGUUCUGAAAAUCUUAAGGUUCCAAAGGGAUUUAACAGUGAGGCAGCAAUGCUGAGGAGGUAGAAUAAUUCUUUUACUCAGUUUUGGAGCUCAGUUAAGCCAGUGCAUUUGAAGUUGUGUGUGAGGAACACUGACUUUAUAUUAAGCGAUUCAGAGAUGGUGGUUAUAUUUUUACACCAAGAAGUGUUUAUAUAACCACAUAAAAGCAUGGCGAAGCAGCUUUUUUUUUUUUUUUUUUUUUUUUUUAUUUCCAUAAUUUGUAAACUAAUGUGAAUUUUUGUAUACAGUAAGCUGCAUAGUUCCUUACAGGCUAUUGUGGUAAAAACUGUUCAUUUCCCACUUUAACCUUAGGUUUCUAUUGCUUGUAAAAGGUUCAUUUGCUACAGCUGGAAUAUGGGGAAAUUUAUUUGGUUUUAAUGGUUACAUACAUGUGUAAGUGGUUGUACAUGUACUUAAAUUGGCUUUGUAUAUAUAUGUAUAAAUGCUGAUGGUAGUGAAAGUCUUGUUUUGUGAGAAUGUCUGCAUUAGCAGUAAAAUAUGCUUUUUAUUUUAUUCAUAAUCUAAUCUGUAAUAUAUAUAUAUAUAUAUGUAUGUCCGUAACUGUGUGUUUAUGUACAUUUGUAACUGUACAUAUGUACAUAUCCACACAGAUAUAUACAUAUGGCUGUACAGUCAUAGAUGAUCAAGCAGCCAAAUACCUGGAAGUAUUAGAUACAUGUUUAAAAUAUCUUUUAUAGAUUUUAUAUAAAAAUACCCAAGUAUGGUUUUGUGUGGAAGUUCUGGCACCAGCUGUAAUGAGUUCAAAUUUAUGUGAGCAAUAAAGAAGCAAUUGGCAGAUACUGGAAAA